UCUCCCUCCCUUUCCACUAGCAUACUCACUGCUCUCAAUCUCGGAGAGAGAGAGAGGAGGCGCUGCGGUCGUGGCCACGUGCAAAGAUUCCUCCCUUUUCGAUCGUCCGUGCCUCUUCCCUUUCCCUUCCCCUCCAGCCGCGGAAAUAUGGAGGACGACCCGUGAACGCAAUGUUGAUGACGUUAUACCGACCUCUUUUUUUUCUUUCAAAGAUGUCCGACGACGAUCGGCUGUCGCUCACGACUGCCGUGAGCGACGAGGAAGACCCCGCCGGGGACCCCAGGACAACCGCCGCCACACCAAGCAGCUACGGUGGCAGUUACGGCUCCAGAUCAAGAUCCGGGGCAGCGGCAGCUUCCUUCAACUGCACGGGAGCCGUGAGGAAAGCCGGAUUUCUUAGCGUGAAGAAGUGGCUCUUGAGGAAGCGGCAGCAAGUGGAGUUGGCUCGCAAAAGAGGCUGGAAGGGCUACUGGGUUUGUCUGAAGGGGACGACCCUACUCUUCUACCCAUGCGAUAACCGCGAUGGGCGAGCCAUCGACACAACCCCUAAGCACCUGAUCAUCGUGGAUGGGGCCAUCAUGCAACCCAUCCCCGAGCACCCCAAACGGGACUUCAUUUUCUGUCUCAGCACUGCCUUUGGAGAUGCCUACCUUUUUCAAGCUCCGUGCCAGGUAGAGUUGGAGAAUUGGAUCAACAGUAUUCAUUCUGCUUGCGCGGCUGCCUUUGCAAGACACAGAGGUAAAACGGGCACUCUCCACCUGCUACAAGAAGAGAUUUUCAGGCUCGAGAAAGAAAUCGAGUCGGAUUCUCGUAUGAAACACAUGGCCGAGCUACAGCUGACCGUGGUAGCCGACGCGGAUAGCAGGAGCUCUUUGACAGGCCAAAUAUCGCAGUGGGAAGAGAACUUGGAGAGGCUACACUGCGAACAGUUUAGACUCAGGUGCUAUAUGUCCUCGCUGCAGAACUCAGAACUGCCCAACCCCAAAAGCCUCCUGACUCAUGUAUCGAAGGGUACGAAGAGCACUCUGAACAAACUGGGAGUUUUCACCGUGUCUUCCUUCCACGCCUUCAUUUGCGCUCGAAGUCCUUCCCUCCUAACGAACCUCUUAUCUGGUAGAGGUGCCACCAAGCGGAGACCGCGGCUACCCCUCUCCAGAUCCAACAGCAGCAAAAAAUCCUUAAACCUCGCUUCGAGCCAAAGCACAGAGCUUCCCGCUGUUGUCGGACGAACGGUAAAAAUCCUCCUUCCGGAGAGUCAGUCCGUGACGGUGUGUGUUCGGGAGAAUAUGACUGUGGAAGAUGUCUUAUGGAGUGCAUGCUUAAAAAAGCAACUGGCCCCAUCGGACCACUUCCUGCAUAUCAAACAGGAGAAUGACGAAUAUUACACACCGCCAAGGACUGAACUCUUCGAUAAUCUAACGUACGAGGAGGUGGAGAUCUGUGCCAAAGUGUUGUACCAAGUGGAAUUGCUUCGUUGCAAUCUCGAAGUCCUCUUCGGGUUCAGCGUAGAGGCGGAGCUGAUCGAGAACGCUGACCAUCAGGAUGAGCUGUGCGUCUACGUCAGCCGUGUCGAAGAGAACAGUCAAGCUUAUGAACAAGGUCUAAUCAAAGGUGACGAGAUCAUGGUGAUCAACGGUGCCAUUGUGAGUGAUUUGGACAUGAUGUAUAUCGAGAGUGUCCUCCAAGAGGAACUGUCGCUUUGCAUGAUGAUGCGGUCAGCUCGCACGGAACCCCCCGAUAUGGCGGGGGUAAUGCGCACCACAGAUGACUAUAUUGAAUCUCUAGUUUGCCCACCUCCCCCCUCAGAUUCGGUCAUUAGUGAGGAGAUGAUAGACAAACUCAUCGUUCCUUCUCCAUUAUACGGGGACAUGGAUAAGGAAAAAUCGCCAGAAACGUCUGGACGACCUACGCCUUCUCCUACCCCCUUGCCCUCUCAAGAUCUGACCAGCCAACUUUCUGCUGAACAAAUAGAGACGCUGCUCAAAACUGCGGAACAGGUCACAGAGUACUGUCGCACGCCUUUAGAACAAAGGCGGCUGUCCAGUUUGGCUGGCAGUACGGCGAGCAGCGGAUCUGGUUCUUUCACAGUCACUUCGGCGACCCCUUCUCGUCAACUGACCGAGGCCGAGAAGCUCAGGAAGGUCAUCAUGGAGCUGGUAGAAACGGAAAAAACAUACGUAAAGACAUUGAGCAUUCAUUGUGAUGGACGUGCGCACCACGCUGAGCAUCUGAACAGCUUGUUGGAACACUAUCUGGAACCUAUGAAAAAAGAAACGUUCCUUUCGAAUUCGGAAGUAAAUGCGCUGUUUGGUAACAUCCAAGAGAUCGUCCAGUUUCAGCGAGUGUUCCUACAGAGUCUGGAAGAAGCAAUAGCCUCCGAAGCCGACUUCCAUAGGUUUGAUCACCCCGCCCAAUUCAAGAAUGUUUUAUUCGCGCUAGGAAAUUCUUUUCUGUACUAUGCCGAUCAGUUCAAACUGUAUAGUUCCUUUUGUGCUAGUCAUUCAAAAGCCCAGAAAGUGCUACAUCCUAGUAAAUGUAAAGGUUUACGAAACAAGGAACAUGUGUGUCCAGCUGCAGGAGAGGGCAACUCAGCGCUGCUGGAGUUUUUGCAGUCCCGCAACCCUAAGGGCCAGCACUCCUUCUCCCUGGAGUCCUACCUCAUCAAGCCCAUCCAAAGGAUCCUGAAAUACCCGCUGCUCCUACAGCAGCUCAAGCAUCUCACGGACCCUAAUUCUCAGGAGCAUCUUCACCUCUCAGAGGCUCUGAAGGGAAUGGAAAGGGUGGCGGAGCAUAUCAACGAGAUGCAGAGAAUCCACGAAGAAUAUGGCGCCAUUUUCGAUCACUUAUCCAGGCAGCACUACAAGAGCUCCAGGCAGCACGUAGAUUUGAGUCCCGGAGAACUGUUGUACUAUGGAGGAGUCGAAUGGCUGAAUAUUUCUGAAUUCCUAGGUAAAAUCAAAAAAGGCUUAGAAUUGCAUGCAAUGUGUUUCGUCUUCAAAGCAGCUGUUGUUUUUCUUUGUAAAGAACGAAUAAGGCAAAAGAAAAAACUAAUGGGUGGCUCGAGUAAGACGGGUGCCGCUGAAGUGGAGAUCAUCCGAUACCAGGUGCUCAUACCCGUAACUGAAGUACAAGUAAGGGCGGGCUGCGUGAAAGAGGGAGAUUCUCACUUCUUAUGGGAACUUAUCCAUUUAAGAUCACAGUUGCAGCGGAGGUCCGAGAAAAUCUACCAGCUAUCGAACAGUACCAGCGAAUUUCGGAAUGCUUUUCUACGGACGAUCCGACAAAUAAUUCGCGAGAGUGUGCGAAAUAUGACAGUGCCUGUUAAUAAGCCUGUUCCAAAGGACAAGAGUGGUGGAGGAGGAGGUGGUGGAAGUUCCACCGGCAGACGAUCCGGUGGUCCGGAAUCAGGUACCACCAGUAUGGCCCGGACGCUUAGCGUCAAAAAACGGCCUAAGACUGUUCAGCGACACUCAGCGGGCAACAUGGAACAAGAAGUGACAGUCGAAACCUACGACAACCUCGAACAGAACUUUCACACUCCCCGCAGCAAGACGGUGGCCGACGGUAUGGACGACAUGGACGCUUCGGAACGGUCGGAUAAAUCCGACCGGUCUGACAAGUCUGACCACCACCACCGGUUGUCCAGUAAAACCUCGAAUUCGUUAGGGAAAGGGGGUUUGGUGUAUGUGCAGGCAGCUCACGAUAAAGCGGGUUCGCCUGUGUGGAAGUUAAGGGGCGAAGGUGACAAAUCUGCCACUCUCCCCCACCUUCCCAAAGGGAAAGAUCAUCAUCAGCAUCAACAGCAGCAAUACUAUGAUAGUGGCGCCCCCUUAUAUAAGAAGGACCACUGCACCUCCUCAGGGCUUGCCAAGCCACCUUUGGAAUGUUAACGUCUGUCACACUGCCUUUGUACAUUUAGGAACUUUAAUUAUGAUAACUAACGGCGGACAGGGUGGUCGUUUCCGAACUAUUCUUUCAAUCCAUCUAAAGUGUUAUGGACAACAAAGAGAAUUUUCUCGUAAAGUUCUUUCGAAAAUGAUUCUAGAAUUUCUUUUCGCCAUUAAUUUUACUCGGCAAUGCUUUUCGUACUGGUAUUUUUUUUUUUAAUUCACUGAAACAUUAUGGACAGGAUUCAAAACUAUUCUUUCAAUGAAAUUUGCUAAAUUAUUUUUAGUUAGUAUUUUAUUUCUAAAACCCUGCUGAAUAAGAUAGUUAUUAGUUGCGAUUGAAAUAACAAAACAUUUCAUUUGAUUCUUUUUGAAUAAUGAAUUUAAAGUUUCGUAAUAAGUAAUUAAAAUAAAUUACCAAUACCUAAAUUACGAGCAAUCAAAAAUUAAAAAUUAUCAGCAGAGUAGUCUAAUAUGUGGCUUCAGGCAGUAUUUUCGGAAGUUGACGUACCUUUUAAUCACUUUUUAAUAUUUUUUUAAAUUAACAGAUUAAUAGUGAAGUAUUCCUAUGCAGUGUUUAACUUGUGUAAAAGAAGUGAAUUUUUUAGGGUAUUUCAAUAAAAUCGAACUGUAAGUUAAUAAAAUUAAAGUUCAAAAAUAUGCAUAUAUGCACUUCAGUAAUAUAGAAUUCCAGUGAAAAAUAUAAAUAAUUUUUUUUUCUAGAAACAUGUUUUAACCAUUAUGAUUUUACAUAACAAUUUUUUUUCAAUUAAGUUUUCUCAAAAAUUUAUUUUAAUUUGAAUCACACUUUCUAAACAAUUUUUUAUUCGUCUGUAUUUUUUAUUCGUAUUUUAAUUCAAGAGGAUUACUCUAGCGUUGCUGUCUCUUUAAAGAUGUUACGUACCUAUUAAUGUCGAAUUUUUAAAAUAACUUUUAAAAAGUAUAAAGAAAUGUUUAACUCUUCUAAGAGUAACAUUUUAAUGUAUGAUAUUUGUUUUAGUAUUAAUCCGUUUCAUUCAUUUUGAAGUUAGACAUAAUAUGCAUAAUCACUAAAACAUUACAUGUGAUUUAUAUCCCCUGUUAAUUAAAAGCUGUGCGCACACAUUAUUUUCAAUGAAACAUGUUCUAGAACUUUCUACUACAACACAGAAGAGCUGAUAAUCUAUCGCUUCGCGUUAUUUAUCUGUUUCUGUUCUCUAAAAGAUGUUUCAUUGCAGUUUACUUCUGGAUUUAAUCCCUGACGAACAAAUUACUAAUCUUUCUUCUGCACUACGUUAUCAUUAAUGUUCUCUUAAAAAAUGGUAAGAUGGUAUAAAAUAUAAAUGGUAAGAGGGAUAAAAUGGUAAGAUGGACCGUGUACGCUUAGUCGUAGGCCUUGGUACCAUCUUCCUCCUAUAUGCAGUUAUCAUCCUCCAAUGCAUCUGUCUGAUUUGGAAGAAACACCCUGUCCGCCAAUCAUUGAGAAAGGUGGUGUGUUUGAGAAUGAGCAGAGUUUGUUGUUACUGUAUGCUUGUGUGUGUGGAAGUCGAUUCAAUUGUUAAAACUUUGCAAAAGACUAUCAGAUUUAAGAUAGCUAAGCAAUGGUAUACAAGUAACACGUAAGGUAAUAUAGAGAAAAUAAAAAAAGGCUCUCACAUACGGAUUUAUUGAAGAAUUGUUGUUUAGUAUAAAGCCUGUGAUUUGUAUACUGUUACAAAGAAACAAAAAAAAAUCAAAAAAAAAAAAAAAUGCACCAGAACAGAUGUGUUCCGAAAAACUAGAAGUCACUGAGCUCAAUUUGCAGUAUAUAAGUGCCCCCUUUCCUGCUACUGCAACUAUCUCAGAGCAGCAAAAUAUACGAUCAGUUGUUGUUUCUGAUGUAUUUAUGAAAACAAAAACCACUAUGGUAUAAACGGUAGAGAAGGAAAAAAAUUAUUUAAAAUUUAGCAUAGCAUUUUUCAUAGCGUGCAGAUCUGUUUUGCCAUUUCAUUAGAGGUUUAAUAUCUGCACUCUGCCACAAUAUUUCAAAUACUACCAUUGUUACGAGAUAGGAAAUGUAUCGAUAGCUAUGCAGCUGUUCUUUCUUAUAUAUAUAUAUAUAUAUAUACCUUGUUCGCACUAAAUAAACUCAAAUAUUUUGCUGAAUGUUGAUUUAGGUAUUAACUAUUGCAUACAGCUAUUGCAGUACAGCAACACAACAUAUUUUGUAAAAAAAGGACAAAAUGUAGGCCUUUUUAAUUUAUUCGGGUUAAUAAUUCAGAACUAAUAGUAAGGAAUUUCAUAUCUGUCCACGGUUUAAAAACGCGCAGUAAAGCAAUGUAUUUUUUGUUUAUAAAGUUCAUUCACACUGUUACGUUAUGGCGCUUAGUAACAACAAGAAUAUGCAUAUCGUGUUUCAUGUGCCGUUUUUAAUAACCAAGAACUUCAAACUAUGAUUUAUUUUAAGGAUUAGUUACAAUUUCAAUCUUGUGUGUUCUAAGUAUAGCCUCGACCUUAUUGCGAACAGGGUAUAAACUCGUUUACUGGCAAUUUAAACAUAAAACGCAGUGCAAACUUUCAAAAUAGUAUUCAAAUGGAAACAAAUAUUUGAAGCAAAGCAAAAUUUGAAUUUAUAACACAUUCCUUAGUUUUAUUCCUAUCUCUCCGGGAAAAGAUAAGAAAUUGUAUCCAUGUUUAAAAAACAAGUUUAUAUAUAUAUUUAAAGAUUGUGUACAUUCUUUAGAUAUUAAAUAUAAUAAAUUUAAGUUCUGCGUAAACAAAAAUUAUAAUGCUCACCCUUACAUUAUCCUCGGCACUUUGCAUUGCAUUUUAUGUAAUAGUGAAAUUUAUUUUCUACAAGUUCUGCGUUUCAUUAAACAGUUUCUGUUAUAUAUAAACUUUUAACUAUCAAAUUCUAUCUUUAUAGAUUGUAGCUUAUAAUUUGUAAAGCCUUUUAUAAAUUAAAGUAUUAUGAAGCAUAUAUUUAACAAUCAAAAUCUAUUUAAAAUUCUAAAAGUAUACAUAAUGUUUACACUUAUGUAUUGUUUACACAUAAAAGUGUUGAGCGUUAUAAUUUAUUUUACUGAUGCUGGUGUGAAUUUAUAUUUUUCCUUUAUGUAUUGUUUUUAAAUGAGUAGGGGAAAAAAGUAGAAAACAAUUAAAAUGAAACAUUUUAACACAUUAUUCCAUAAUUUAAAUUAAUCGCAAAAGCGCCAUUAUUUUAAGAUAUUCAUAAUAAUGCAUUUUAAACGAAUUGACGAAUAUAUAAAACAGGUAAUAUUUCCCGUUCUCAGCAUAGAUAGGAUUUGAAGUACUUACUACUGAACUACACAUUUAGAGUUUUCUUGAGUUAUUCAUUUGAAAUUUUAGAUAUGACAUAGGAUGAAAUAGAUAAGUUUCUAAAAAUUUUGUAAUAAAUAAGCACCAUCUAAACUUCAAGAGAUAAAUGCAGAUCUGACUUCACUUCGUUUGAAUCGAGAUCAUUUCGUUUGAAUGUAAUGUAUUUAAGUCUCCAUAAGGUCCCAAUAAAGUCCUGCUUACACAGUGGUGAGCUAUAGGGGAGCUCUCGUCCGAGCCCUUAGUUAAACUUGUCUGUAAUUUGUGAGCCCCUUGUUCUUUUUGUUUGCUUAAAACAAAUUGAUUGAUUCUAUAUUAAAAUAAAAAGUCGAAUGUUUAAACGACUGAAAGCGAGAAUAAAAUUUACAAAUUACCGCUAGAUUACUACUUAACUUAUCACGAUGUCUUUAUAAAAAAAAAUCAUUGCAGCAAAGUAAUUAUAAAAUAAAAGAUAAAAAUGGUGAAUUAAAAACGAAUUUUAAUAUUUGUCAUCCAGAAACAUAGGCUAAGAACGAAGUAAUAUGCUAUGGUCAGGAGGAGAGGAAAGUAUAUAAACAAUGUGAUUUUAUAUUGAAACCUGAAAUAAAAAUUAAUUAUUUUCCGAAUUUCGCUCAAAUGGCUUAACAGGAAAAUUGCAUAUCGGAAUUCCUAAUCUAAAAAAACCUAAAAUCAUUAUGGAAACAAUUGCUGAAGCUGAACAAGUUUUGAUGAACAAAUAAUAUUUCUACAUGAAGAAGAUCUAAUGCAACUUUAUUACGUACUUAAGAUUUAAUGACAAGCUCCUUAGACGGGAAGCCUUUAAGGGAAUUUAAACCUAAUAGUUAUGUAAAAGCUUUUUUUUUUUUUUUUUUCCCCUGCUGAAAAUUCGGUGAUAUGAAAGAAGGAAAUAACGUGUGAUAACUUCUGGCAUGAAUUGUGCGGCAUGUUUAAUUUACUCGUCACUUUAUACGAUUUUUGAAAUAUUUUCUAGGCUUCUUUAUUAUUUCAUAAAUUUAAACUUUUUUUGCUAAUUAUUUGUAUUUUCUGCUAUUGUAAAAUGUUAAAUAUUUAAUUUACAAUUUGAUAUUCUAUUUUUAUAAAAUAUAGUUUUUUAAAAUUUUAAUAGCUCACCACUGAUCUACAUCGUUUUAUUUAUUUUUUUUUCCCAAAUCAAUUUUUUUAUCCCCCCCCCCGAAAUUGUGAAGCAAUCUAAAUAAUAGUUCAGUUCGUCAUCAGUUGUCAACUCUUUUUAUCUAACUCAAGCAAAGUUUAGCAAUGUAAAGAAAAUCGCAAAGUUUUAUAAGUGUGGCUUCUUAGAAAUUUUUAAGUAAAUUAUAAAUAAAUUAUAUAAAUUCAAAACAUAUUUAUACCUUAUGCACUAAGAAAAACCUUACUAAACUUCCUUAUUAAACAAUGGUAAAUUAAUGCAACAGCAACAUUAGGUACAGCACUUCACGUGCUGUACAUAACAUUAUUCAAAGAAUCUAUAUUUUAAUCACCAAAAUGUAACUUUUUUUCGGCAAUAAAUACUAUUUAUAAAACAUUGUUUGCUUUUUCAUAAUGUCCAACAAAUAUUAAAAUGAGCUAAUCAAAUUGUGACCUUUUAUAACUGUUCUGAUCCACAGAAACUGAAAAUACUUAAACAUCAGAAUUGAAAGUAAGGUAUCCGAAACAGAAAUAGCAGAAAAAAUACAUUAUUAUAAUAUUUCAUGCAGCAUUAUACACUAUGCGUUUUUCCUAGCGUUAUAUGCAUUUAUUAAAAAUCUAUAACAUUAUCACAUUUCUCAUACCAUUUUGUUCUUUUGACGUUAAUGCAAAUUAAUAGUUCAUUACGUGAACCAUUUUUCAGUUUCUGUGUUUAACGUUGUUAAUAAAAAUGAAAUUAUCACUUCCAUUAUACUUUAUAUUGUAACACAAAUAACACUAAUUUUCCAUCAAAAGAUCAACUAAGAUUUUUUAACAGCCUUUGAAAUAUGCUUGGCUCAUAAUAUAUCCCAUAAAUUAGUUUUGUUGUAAUGUCGCUAGUUAUUCCUUAUUUUGCUAUAUAUUAAAAAUGCUGCGUUUAAUUAAAUCUAAGGUGACCUAUAAGGUAAUAUUUGGUAAAAGCCGUCAUAUAUUUAAAACUACCGUAUAACCUGUUUAAAAAAUAUAGUAUCAGUAUUUUUCAAGUACCUAAUAAUAACUUGUUCCUCUUUUCAAAGCAAUCAAUAUGUUAAAAACUUCACCUUAGGUAAAUUUAUUUUCACAUUUCUAAAAACUGGGAAAAAUAUUUUUUUAAUUAUUUUAAAUUGUCCAAAGCGUUAGUAAAAGUGCAAUAAAAUUAACAGGUUACGUGAAUAUACAAAUUAAUUAUUAAUUACGUAAAAAUAAUCUUUAUCUCCAAAGAAUGCAUAUUUUAUGUAGAAAACUGCAAUAUUUAAAUUACACUUUCUAUAAAAGUAACGAUGAAUUAAUAGACAAGCAUCGUCCACUGUUUCAAGAUAUUAGAUUCACAAACUGCAUAAAAGCAGGUUUUAAAAUGACACAUUUUUAUUGAAUUAUUUUCUGUGAAAUCAGAGAAAAGUGCUAAUGCUUCUAUCAUGAUUGCUUUUUUACUACAAAAUGGAUCAAUUUCUUGCACUUCUUAUUAUACUUUUGCUUUUUAUUUCGCUUCUUAUAUAAUUUCUGAUAUUCUUCCAAGGGUCUAGUGGCAAGUGUGAUUUAUAAAUCCCCUUAAUGGCGCCAAUACCAGCCACAGUCCCUCAAUUCUAUAUAUAGUUGCAGAAGUAGAAAAGAAUAACUAAUUAUGGGCAGUACAAAAAAUAUAUAUAUAUUAACUUCCAAAACGAUGCCAUGAUUUAAUAAGAAUUUUGCUGAUGAAAACAAUAUGUAAAUUAGAAGGUACGGUUUACAGUUCUUAUCCCAAGUCAGUGAGCAACCUUUUCGAAAAAUAUGUUACUAGAACUGUAAAUCUAAUACACAGAUUUCAACAUAUGCUUUCAUUCUGUAGCAUUUGCAUAGCACGGAUAAUUAUUUUUUAUUCAGAAGUUGGCAGCUAACCAGCCUUGAUAAAUUAAACGUCUUCAUAAAGCCUCUUUUUUAAUGACGAACGAUUUCCCAUCUGAAGCAAAAACAUGUAUGUGAGUGUGGUUGUUAUAUGAAUGUUUGCCAUAUACUCAAAUGAUUGUAUAUAAAUGUGAAUAUGUGUUUCUGUGUGUAAUAUGAAAUAGUACUUUUCAAUUCCUCGUGUCGAUAAGAUCCAAAACAUGUACUAAUUAAAUAUUAGAAUGAAAUCCGAAACAAAGUAUAACAUAAAGAAUUAAAAAAUACAAAAUAAAAUUACCGACCAGGAAAAUUAUUUGUCCGAAAAAGCAUAAAAUAAGUGCUGGAACUGAGAAGUGCUGUUUGAUGAUAAAGCAAUCCGACUCCAAUAAAUAUGUUUAGAUUCAGUAGUUUUUAAAAACAUUUUAUUGCUUUAAUAGCUCACCUGCAAUAACCUUAUUCCACCUGGAGUUAUAAUUUUAGUGUUUUUUUUUUUUUUUUUUUUUUCUGAUCUAACAUUUUAGCAUGCAAAUGUUACAAUGAAUUAACGCUAAGAAUUUCAUUUUGAAGACUUUUGCUCAGCUGACUGUGAUACAAAGAUACUCUCUAAAAAUGAUGAAAUUACUGACAUGGGUGAAGAAUCGUACAUCUGCCUAUAGAGCUUAACCAAGUGCUCGGAGUAAGAAUUUACCAUGUCGCAACCUUGUGAAAAAUAAGCAAUUGCAUUCUACUGACUUGUCUUAUUAAUUGUAAAAUGCUUUCAUAUUUUAUUUUAUAAGUAUUAGAUUGUGUCUGUGCAACAAUUUAUGCUAUAGGUUGUUUAAGUAAAAUCCUUUGUUGUGCCCGAGUAGACAUUUAAAUGAAGUAUUAGAUUGUGCUCAUAGUUAUGAAUAUAUCGUUAAUGUAAAUACAUUCUCUUUCUAUCUUUAGAAGCUAAGACAUUUUGACUUAAUAGUUAAAAAAUUAUUUAAACAAUGUGUUCGAUAUUAAGUUGAAUAUUUCUAAGCGGUAAUUAUAGUUUUAAAAUUUAAAAAGGCCUUUUUUCAAAGAAACUCUCACGUCCAUAGAAUGCCUCUAUAGUGUACUAAAUUAUUAACUUAUUUUGUAGACCUAUGUAAAUUUUUAAACUAUGUUUUAAUAAAUGCGAGAUGAUCACAUACUUAUCUAUUGAUAUUUAUCGUCAUGUCAACUUCCGAAAGUAAUUGGUAGAUAUACUAUUGCUCAAUAUUGUUACUUAUUUUAAAAGCAAAUUUUGUAAAAGAAAUACGAAUAUUUACCUCAUUUAUUUAUUUCUGCCUGUUCUAAAACCUUUCUUUUCCCAAUGAUGUACUAUAAGCAACUAUUUCGCUUCUAUUCAAUAUUUUUUAUCUAUGGAAAGGUUACAAAUUAAAAAUCCUUAAACAUUCUGAAAUGCUCCAGGAAUAUUUUAAAUCAUUUUAAUGUUUAUAACUGGCAAUGAAAUUAAAAUUUUGAUUUGAAAUAUAAUAUUUAUUCCAACGAUAUAUAAUUUAAUAAGUAAGUAAAUUUAGUUGGAAAAUGCAUUUCGAAUAAUAUAGAAUUUUUUGACCAGCACAGAAAAAUGUUAUACUGAAGUAGAUAACUGUGUUGCUUCAAACUUUACAUCACAUUAUCUUUCUAAAGGCAGCUAACCUAGUUUAAUAACCGCCAGAAUCCAACUUGACUCUAUAAGGCCACAUAAUUUUCACAGAAAAUGUGGCUCUACAAGCCUGCCAUAUAAGGAUGUUCUUGGGAACCUCAAAAGUAUUUGCAUAGCCAGCUUAAAAAAAAUAUCAAAAUAAUUAUUAGAUUUCUUUUAACAUAAAAGUAAACAUAUAAUAUCCGAAAAAAGAAUGCUUAAGUUUUACUGUUUUAAGAGUUGGUGAUGGCAUUUAAAAUCAUUUUUCACUGUACUGUGUUCAAGGUGAAGAUAUUAUAGAAAUCACUCUCUCUAUGAUCCUUUAACUGCCAUAAUGUCUUUCACAUAUACAGGAGUACAGUGUCUUAGAGUUUAUAAUAGAGUUCAUUCUCAUAUAUAAUCCUAGUCAACAAAUUCUAAAGUUUAAGCGAUGUUGAUUUAUUAGUCAGAAUAUUUCGAACAGGGCAAGUAUCUUAAUUUCUUUCCAAAUACUUUUAUAUUGAGGACUAGAAACUUUAUGUUCCUCCUCCCACAUUUUCCUUUUCUUUUUUUAAUUACUAUUAUUAUUUUCUAGUCAAUGGAAUGAAAAGAAAUUACGAUAUUAUAGCCAUUAAUGAAAAUGAUAAAUAUGUUCCACAUUUGGAAAAAUUUUUGAAAUGUAUCUUUUACAUAUUUGAAAUGAAAUAUGUAAAUUCUAUGGUUUAUUAUAGAUUGAAAAGGUGUAAUAUAUUUUAUGGUAAUGUUAUAGUGAAUAGUCCUCUGUCUCUAUUCUACCUGCAGUCUUUAAACUUUCAUCCAGAGAGAGCCCAGUUAAAUUUUCAUUGAAGUUCUGAAACUGUUACCCAACUAAUACAUGCAGGAAUAAUGAAAUAAACUAUUACUUUUUAAUAUAGGUGCUUUAGAAUAAACGACGUUGUUAAUUAUAAGCCUACUGAGUGUAUAGUGUAUAAAAGAAAGAAUGAAAUGUACAUUUCUUGUUUUAAACAUAUUAAAGAGGAAAAUACAAGUACCUUUAA